AUGGAAAAAGUGUUUUUAAGUCCAAGUCGUUAUGUCCAGGGAAAAGAUGUUAUCAAGAAAGCCGGUGCAUAUAUCGGAAAAUUGGGAAACAGGGCUUUAGUUCUGGCAGAUAAGUUUGUCUGGAACAUUGCUGGAAAUGACCUCGCUAACAUACUUGAAAGAAGCGACAUCCGAGUAGAAAAAGUCGCAUUUGGCGGGGAAUGUUCAAAGAUGGAAAUUGACAGGAUUACCGAGCUCAGCAAAAAGGCCUGUUCGAAUGUGGUUAUCGGUCUUGGUGGCGGAAAAACAUUGGAUGCAGCAAAAGGAGUUGCGAAUCAACUGGGCUUGUUCCUAACGACUAUUCCGACAACCGCUUCCACAGAUGCGCCAACGUCCGCCGUAUCUGUCAUUUAUACCGAUAAAGGGGCAGUUGAAAGCUAUAGAUUUUACAACAAAAACCCUGAUUUAGUCUUAGUUGAUACGCGCAUUAUUACGAAUGCGCCUCCACGUUUUCUAGUGUCGGGCAUUGCAGACGCAUUAGCCACGUGGGUGGAAGCGAGAGCUGUUAAACAAUCGCAUGGUCAAAUUGUGUCAGGCGGCGCACCAACCAUUGCUGGGCAGGCCAUUGCCGAGAAAGCGGAGCAAGUACUUUUCGAGUAUAGUUUGCAAGCGCUUGAAGCUAACAAGAACAAACUAGUGACGUCGGCAUUGGAAAGCGUCGUGGAAGCCAAUACACUGUUGAGCGGUAUCGGAUUCGAAUCUGGAGGACUCGCGGCCGCCCAUGCGAUUCACAAUGGUUUCACGGCGAUAGACGGUAACAUUCAUCACCUGACACAUGGUGAAAAAGUAGCAUAUGGUACCAUUACCCAACUCGUGCUGGAAAACAAACCAUUGAAUGAGCUAGAUCGUUAUAUUGGACUCUAUCUCCAACUCGGGUUGCCGGUAACACUAAAAGAUAUUUACCUUGAGAACGCCACCGACGAAGAUUUCUACAAAAUUGCGGAGAUAGCUACGGCAGAGGGUGAAUCCAUUCAUAAUAUGCCGUUUAAAGUUACAUCGGAUGAUGUGGUACAGGCUAUAAAAGGCACCGACGCAUAUGUGAAGAAUUACAAAAAACGUCAUGGCUGGCGUGAAGAACAAAAGUGA